CCCGACUACUUGAUUUCUUUUAUGGCCCCCGUCUAUUAUUAUCUGUCUCUGCAUUUGCGAGGUUAUGUUAAGACUCAAAAAUGUGCCAGUUUGUGGUGAUUUGUUGAAGCUGAGUUAGAAGUUACAAUUGUGAGCAAAAUGCCGACCCAAUUGGAUGAGGGCGAAGCCCCAAGCGAGCACAAGCGCUCCAAGCGGGGCCUGAUCUACCUAUCCUCCAUCCCGCCCUACAUGAAUGUGACGACCGUCCGUGAAGUCUUCGGCCAGUUUGGCAAAGUGGGGCGCGUGUACCUUCAACUGCUAGACAAGGGCCCCAAAGACGACAGCAAGAAAAAGAAGCACAAAGUCAACAAGAAGUUUACUGAAGGCUGGGUGGAGUUCGAGAAAAAGUGCGUGGCGAAACGAGUGGCUACUCUACUAAACAACACCCAGGUUAGCACGAGGAAAAAGUCUAAACACUACGACUACCGGUGGAAUAUCAAGUAUUUGUCGAACUUUAAAUGGACGCACUUGCACGAGCGGCUGGCCUACGAGCGUGCUGAAAAGGCCAAACAGUUUAGGAACGAAGUGCAACUUUCCAAGAAAAAGACCAAUUUCUUUAGUGUGAAUAUCGGCAAAAAGGGCGAGGUGGUAAACAAGGAGUACGACGAUAUGGAGAACAUUGCAACUGGGACCGCGAUUGAUGUGGAGGAGGAGCAGCAGGAGACCAGAGAAACAUUCCUACAGUCUUUGCUGUGAUAUAGUUUAUUUAAUAUUAACCUACUGUACAGACUUA